CAAAAUAUUUUGAGCAGCUUUGACUAAAAAAACUAAACUGUACAUGUGCAACUUAAAUAUAAAUAGUUUGUGCGUCGCAGGUUGGGGUUGAACCGGUCUUAGUCAGCGGGUCAGUGAGGGUUGGAGGCACUGGGUGCUGUGGCAUUGUGGAGUCUGAUGGCAGAUGGUACAAACAAGCCUCCAAACCACUUUGAGGCUCAAGGCUGGGUCAGUCUGUGGCUGAAAGUGAGCGGAGCGGAUGACAGGGGUUGUCCAUGAUGGCUUUCAGCUUCCCUUUUAUCCUCUUCUCAGUCAGAGUCUCUACACUGACAAGCUCCAUUCCCACCACCGAGCUAGCCUUCUUCACCAGCUUGCUCAGUUUGUUGGCAGUUUGAAGUCCGGAUGCUUCCUCCCCAGCACACCACAGCAAAGAAGAUGACACUGGCCACUACAGACUGUCAGGAUAUGUCUGUAAGGAUGGAAAUGGAUAUCACUGGAGUGUCCAGGGCACACGUCUCCAUUCUUCCUACAGCUGAGAUCAAAGCUACAUUGAAACCAGAAGCAGAGAGACCUCGCUGUGCCAGCACCCCGUGUUCACCCAUUAGAGGGACUGUUGCAGGAUACCAGAUCCUCCACAUGGACUCAAAUUAUCUGGUAGGCUUCACCACUGGUGAGGAGCUGCUUAAACUGGCCCACAAGUGGUCAGAAGGCACUCCAGAGAAGGGCUGUGUAUCAGAGGCAGUGGCCAGCUCCAUCCAGAGCUCUGUCCCAAAGUCUGUGGACUUGGGCAUCCACCGGUCUUCACGAAUCUUCAAAGGAAAAAGUCGCUACUACCAACCCUACGACAUUCCUGCUUCCAACGGGCAGAGACGAAGGCGUAUGCCCAGCUCGAGUGACACCUUCCUCAGGUCCCUGGCCCAUGGGGAGCCUGGGGGGAGUCUGCAUGCUCCACUACCCCUGUGUCUGCUUAAAGGGAAGAGGGCCCAGUCCAAGUCUCUGGACUACCUUAAUCUGGACAAAAUAAGUACUAAAGAGUCAUCAGACACUGAGGUGUUACAGUACCAACUGCAGCAUCUCACCCUACGAGGAGAGCGCAUGUUUACCAGAAACAAGACAUGAAAGCCCUGUGGAAGGCCUUUUUUAGGUGUCUUUCACUCUCCUGGGGAUUUAGGUGCUAUUUCCAGCUUGGUUUCUUUCUACUCAGAUUAUAAGCAGUUCUUUAAAAGACAGUCUGAUAAUCUUGUUAUAUUAUUAACUGGGGGUUUUACCUUGUACUGUACACAUAAUGUUGUGAAGAAGAAAUCCUUAAAUUACUCCCCACAUUGUGAUGAGGUUGUUGAGGUUAACAAAUGUGAAUUAUAUAAAUUUAGCAAUAACAGGUAAACCUAUUUAUUGACAGCGUUGUGUGUUUGUACUGGUCAGAGAUGCACUGAUACAUCAGUCUACAGCUGAUAAAAGCACAUAUACUGUAUUGGCUUUAAAAUGCACCAUUGUUAUCAGUCCAAUCCUUUUUACUGCUUAUCUGUGAGGAGUUGUGUUAGUAGAAGUUUUGUCAGAUUUGAUUCAGAUAAUGGCACUGCAUACAACUGUCAGAUUAGCAAGAUAAUAAUUUUAUAAUGUUGCUAAUUAAUUGAUUUAUUUCUGUUUUGUUGCUGUCAUUUAAUAACACUGUUUGAAUCUCUCAUUUACCAUAAGAUGGGCAUGUGUGAAAUAAACAUUACUCCAUUCAGAAUUUGUUUAUUAAAGAAUGGGUAAAGAUA